AAUAAAUUAAAAAAGUACAUCCCCUGACCAAUUCCAAUCUCUGCAAAACCCUAAUAAACAAAUGGGCAAUUGGCAUUCUAAUAAGGGUUUGAUGGAAGGUUGGUGAUGGGUCUAAAUAAAUCAACAAUGACCGUUCAACCAAAUCAAAGUGAACCCCAUUUCGUCAUUUCAUCAAACAGCUCCUCAUUUUUCUCUUUACCCCUCAAAUUCAGAAGCUUUUCAAUUGUACAUGGCGAUCAAAUAACAGAGGAACCCGACAUUCAUUGCAGAAGAAGCAUGGAUUACAAAAGCUCCGGAGCGUUCCUGAUACUGAUGAUCUCUGUGUUAACGGCGAUGGCUACCAACAAAGACAAUGAAUUUCCGAUGUGCAUAGAAUACUGCAUGCCCUUGUGCAUGAAAGUGAAGACAGCCACCAGCGAUCGAUGCACCGUCGCUUGUAAACUCGGAUGCGACCAGUUGAUGGGUCGAGGAGAAUUCACCAGAAGGGACUGAACUCAACCAAAAUCACCUUUUUUGUACACCAUUUUCCAUUUUUAUUGAAAUUUUGAAGGAAAGUCAUGAAUUUUCAUCACUUGGAAACCUUUUGUACUCUUAAAUCUGAAAUGUAAAUCCAAUUUAUUUACCUUCUCUUCUGUUCAAGAACUCUGUAUAAUACCAUUGAAAAGGACUAAUUUCUCGAAUUAAUGGAAUAUUCCGUU